GAAAUUGCGGUUCUAUCCUUGACUCCUUAAAAGGAGACAACGCUUUUGGAUUGUUGCAUCAAACAAUCUAGGCAGUUGGCAGUUGGUGGUUAAUUUCAUCUCUAUGCUAUGGGCAGUCUCAGCUUUGACGUCCAAGAAGGUGUUUCAACAUUAAUCUCUGUGGCACCGCCAACCCAUUACACUCUCAAAAUAAAUAACUUUUCCUUACUAGCAAAGAAUUCAAUAGAUAGAUAUGAAUCAGGGGAAUUUCAAGCAGGAGGCUACAAAUGGAAGUUGGUUGUGUACCCAAGUGGAAACAAGAAUAGGAAUGUGAAAGAACACGUUUCUGUUUACCUGGCAAUGAUAAAAGAAAAUUCGCUCCCGACCGGUUGGCAAGUGUAUGCUAAUUUCAGCUUGUUUCUGCUUGAUCAGAACGAGGACAACUACAUGGUUCUUCAGUAUGCGGAGGAAAGGGAAAGACAAUUUCACGCAUUGAAGCUUGAAUGGGGAUUUGAUAAAUUCAUCUCUCUUAAAGCUUUUAAUGAUGCGAGGAAUGGGUUCCUGGUGGAUGAUUCUUGUGUAUUUGGGGCUGAAGUCUUUGUCUGCAAAGAAAGAAGCACAGGCAAAGGACAGUGUCUGUCAAUGAUUAAGGAUGCCAUUAUGAAUAAGCAUGUGUGGAAGGUUGAGAAUUUUUCUAAGUUGGUUGUAGAAAACAUUGACUCCAAAACUUUCAACGCUGGAGAUCACAAGUGGAAGAUGAAGCUGUAUCCCAAAGGAAAAGGCAAUGGAUUGGGCAAUCAUGUUUCUCUUUAUUUGGCUCUCUCUGAUCCAUCAACUCUGCCUCCUGGCACUAAAAUAUAUGCAAGCUUCACCCUGCGCGUUCUAAACCAAAGAAAUUCUGAUUACAAUCGCUUUAGUAAAGAUAGUCAGUGGUUCAGUGCCUCAUAUUAUGAGCACGGUUGGUCCAGAUACAUGCCACUGUUCUACUACAUCGACAACUAUGGUUUUGUCGUCAAUAAUACUUGUACUUUUGAGGCAGAAGUUACCAUCCAUGGAGUUGCUAAUGCAAUGUAAACCAUGAAGCUACUUGUAUGAAACUUUAGCAAUAUAGUCUCUGUCUAAUAUGAAAUUGACUUUGUCAAUUUAUAUAUAAUAAUAAAGUCAAUUUAUAUAUAAA